GACACAGGGAAACGCAGGGAAACUGGGUGGCCCAGAAUUUUAUGGAAAGGUGAAAUUUGAUAACAACAUUUGUGUUUUUAUCGGCAGCACCAACACGCGGUUUAGCUGACAUGCCACUGCACGUGACCGACUACACGUGGACCCAGACGGACUCCACGGUCCACAUCAGCGUGCCUUUAAAGGGAGCGACGGCUGCUGGAGUGGACAUCGUGUCAACGGAGGAGUAUCUAAAGGUCCAUUUUCCUCCCUUCCUGUUUGAGGCCUUCCUGUUCGAACCCAUCGAUGAUGACCGAAGCUCGGCGAAAGUCGGAAACGGCGUCGCUGUUUUCACUUUACCAAAAAAGACUCACAAAGUCUGGGAGCAUCUGAUGAUAACCACAGAUGAUAAAGAAACAAAGAAGGAGAUCAGAGCGAGAGCUUUACUGACACAGGAGCAGAAACUUUCUGCAGAGUUGAAACAAAAAGCUGAGAAACGGCAAGCAGAGAAGAAAUAUGCUCUGGAGACAAUGAUGAAGCUGGAGAAGGUGGAAAGAGACAGAAUCCAGCAGAUGAAGGACGCAGAGCGAGAGAAAACGACGGCAGAGCUGGCAGCGUGGCAGCUGAGGCAGAAACAGGAAGCAGAGAAAGCCCAACAGAACCAGAACCAUCAGAUCCAACAGAACCCAGACACAAAAACACCCGGAAGCAGACAAACGGAUAUCAGGAAGAACAAACAAGUUCACAGCGAUGCAGAGAAGAAGAAGAAGAAGAAGAUCCGAGCCCAGCUGCCUCCUCCCAGAACCUGCGGAAACAUUCCAGUUACGUUCACCCCUCGAGUUUUCCCGACAGCUCUCCGAGAGUCACGGGUUCCCGAAGAGGAAGAGUGGCUGAAGAAGCAGGCUGAGGCAAGGCGAGCGAUGAGUGCGGAGCUGGAGGAGCUGGAGGACCUGACGGAGGAGGAGAGGAACCCCGACUGGCUGAAGCAGAAGGGCGACAAGUGUUUCUCAAACGGAGACUACGUGGGAGCGGUGAAUGCGUACACUCUGGGGAUCCGCCUCAACAGGAAGUUGCCUGCUCUCUACUCAAACAGAGCGGCGUGUCACCUGAAGCUCAGGAAUCUGCACAAAGCCAUCGAGGACUCCUCCAAGGCUCUGGACCUGUUGACCCCAGCCGUUUCUGCCAACGCUGCAGCCAGAGUCCGAGCCAGAGUCCGCCGAGGAUCCGCAUUCUGCCAGCUGGAGCUCUACACUGAAGGACUACAAGACUAUGAAGCAGCUCUGAAGAUCGAGCCCCACAAUGAGGCGCUGCAGAGGGACGCCCAGAUAAUCCGAGACAUAAUCCAAGGUUCUGCUGAACAAAAUGGGACACAGUGAGACACAAAGACACGAGUCAAAGUCACCUGGAACAGAGAGACCGGUGGUAUAUAUAGAUUAACUAAUACUUUAAACACAACUGGAGCAUCAAAAGUUUUAUUCUUAACUAAAAUGAUUUCAUUUGUUGUUUUCUAGAGACUUCAGUGACAGAAUAAACUUUUUAAUAAUUAUUUGUACCUUAUUAAAGGGUGUUUGGUGUUUAGUCAGUUUAUUUUAUUUAUACUCAGUCUGUAAAUGUUUUUUCUUCUUUCAACAUUAAAGCAAAAAUAUUUAAGAAUCCAGAAAAACUGAUUAAGUUGGUUGGGAUAAAAAUAUUCCUUAAAUCAAAAAACUUUGUGUUGGUGCUCAGAGUGUGUUCUUAGCUCAGGAAUAUGCAACCUUUAAAAUCCAAAUAGUCCUUUUUGCCUUCAGUUCAGCUAAAUAAAAACUUGUUUAGAGCCACAAAUGUUACACGACCUUUCAGAAAAAUACUUGUAACUGUUGAUGAAUAUCUUAUGUAGGGAACAUAUUACCAUACUUGUACAACUUUUAGUUUUUAACAGAGGGGAAAACAAAAAAAUAGCAAAAGGUGGAUGGAUACAAAUUAAAAUAUUGUAAAGAAGCACAAAUUUCCUAAUCUAACAAGAAGAAAAAUGUAUCUACAAAAAAAUACAGGUAAUUUUUAGUCUCUUUCUGUUGUGGAAAUGCAAUUUAAAAAAACAAAACAGAAAACUGCUACAUUUUUUAUUCAUUCUUUUUUUGUCAGAGCCUAUUAAGAGGAAGGUCCAGAGAGCUGCAGGUUGCAGAUCCCUGGUUUAACUCAAUAAGGAAGUUUGUUGUUUCUGGUCCUUGUGCGACCUCAUGUGGCGAACAUCACCAAUUACAUCCGCGGGCAAUGCAUCUGGGUGAAACUGACCCUACAUCAUCAUUUUUGACAUUUUUGUUUCUCCACAACUUUCUUCUACUCCGCUACUUCAAUUUGAACUUUGACUAUGCCAGUGCAUCACUUUGAUAGUUUUCUGUGUGUCUGUUGUUGUGUUUAGCAAAUGGACAAUCAUUGUCCAUUGGCUAAUUCACAGUUGACUCCCAGAUAAUCUUGUCUGUAAAACAUAAACAAAUCAUCAGGCCUCCUCCUCCUAAAUGCUGAUGAGGUUUUGGUUCUAACAUGAUAAGUUUGGUUUUCUCCAAACAUCUCAAUUUUGGGAUCAUCUGUCUGCGAUGUGGUUUUCAAGCUGUUAUCGCAGAGCAUCAUAGAUGGAAUGAAGUAUUAGUGGAAACUAGGGAGGUCGAUUAAUGGUUUAUUAGAUUAAAAUUAGUUCCAACCGAUUAAACUUUCUUUUGGUGUUGCAGUUUGGCCGCCAUCCAGCAGGGGGCGCCGCUGGUCAUCCGUAAGCAGAACCGUUGAUGCAAAAACAAAGAUGGCGGCGGAGCCAUAACGGGAGAGAGAAACGGUCCAAGCAGUCCGGUGUGGGAUGGAAAUUGACUUUAUGCGGUUCUGCUUGGAAAUAUAAACUAACGGCAAUUUCCUUAAGUUGUUUUGAAAUAUAAAUGCUUGUCAAUCUCGUUAAGUUUGACUUUAAUAUCGCGCAUUCAGCCGAGCUACGAGAUGGAGGAAUGACAACUUCUCCUUAAAAAUUAUUGAUGUGCCACAAAGGUGAGGAGCUAAUGACAGAAAAUCAAACUGCGUAACACGAUUUUAACAAACAUGACGCAAACAAGCAAGGUUGAUUUUGAGGUCUGUGGUGAGUUUUAAGUUUUAACAUUCCUUCAAGAGCAACAACAAACGAUUCUUAUGAAUAUCUUUGUUAAUGUGGAAGUGUUUAACAUUUUAUUCUUGCCA